CCCUGGCCACAAGUCUCCCCGGCGUGUCCUCCACCACAAGCUCGCCUCGCCUCGCCUCGCGUCGCCUCGGCACCUCACCUCACUGAUUGCUCCAGUUGCGUGCUCCCUCAACCGGCUUAUAUGCGCCACUCGCCCGCCGCUGGUAGAUCUCCCCUCGUCACCACAGUCGUCAGUGGCCGGGCCGGCCUUAUCUUCUUCGUCGUCCUUUGCCCUCCCUCACCGCACCGGCCUCGUCGUUGUUGGCCAUGAAGAUCCAGUGCGACGCGUGCGAGGGCGCGGCGGCCACGGUGGUGUGCUGCGCCGACGAGGCCGCGCUGUGCGCGCGCUGCGACGUCGAGAUCCACGCCGCCAACAAGCUCGCCAGCAAGCACCAGCGCCUCCCGCUCGAGGCGCUCUCCGCCAGGCUCCCCCGCUGCGACGUCUGCCAGGAGAAAGCGGCGUUCAUCUUCUGCGUGGAGGACCGGGCACUCUUCUGCCGGGACUGCGACGAGCCCAUCCACGUCCCGGGCACGCUCUCCGGGAACCACCAGCGCUACCUGGCCACCGGCAUCCGCGUGGGGUUCGCCUCCGCCUCCGCCUGCAGCAGCGACGGCGCCUGCGACGCGCACGACUCCGACCACCACGCCCCGCCCAAGGCCACCGUCGAGACGCCGCAGGCCCAAGCCGCCGUCUCCGCCGCCGCGGCAGCGCAGCAGGUGCCCUCGCCGCCGCAGUUCCUGCCGCAGGGCUGGGCCGUCGACGACCUCCUGCAGUUCUCCGACUACGAGUCCAGCGACAAGCUGCACAAGGAGUCCCCGCUCGGGUUCAAGGAGCUGGAGUGGUUCGCCGACAUCGACCUCUUCCACGAGCAGCAGGCGCCCAAGGCCGGCAGGACGUUGGCGGAGGUUCCGGAGCUCUUCGGAUCCCAGGCGGCCAACGACGCGGCGUACUACAGGCCGGCCAAAGCCGCUGCAGGCGCCGGGGUGCGCCAGAGCAAGAAGGCCCGGAUCGAGGUCACCGACGACGAGGACUACCUCAUCGUCCCUGAUCUCGGUUAAAUAUAAGGGCAGAAAGAGCAGGAGUUUUGUUUCUUUCUUCUCCUGCUGUGUACCACAAGAAUUUUACUGUGUAUGUUGUGCAUCUUUGACUGUAGCAUCUCUCAAUUGUGAACAUGGUAAGCCACUUUGUUGCUAUCCUAGUACCAGACUGAGACACUUUGAUGUUUUUAACAUAAACAUUUUGCUUCAAA